UUACAUGUGUCUGUCUGGACUGAUCUACUCUGCUCAGAGACUCUCCUAACAAGUAAAAAAAGUUGCCUUCUCUCUGCUCUGGAAUUGGAUCAGAUCACCUCAGCUUCUUUUGUAACCCUACCAAAAGGCUUUUUGCUUAUGGUCUCUCGCCGUUUUCCUUAACUAUUCGUCUGUUUUUGAUUUCUAGAAUGGAGGAGGCUGAACUGCUGAAAGAAAGAUUCCAGGCCAUAACAGACAAAAGAAAACUGCAAGAAGAAAUUACACAGAAACGUCUAAAAGUGGAAGAGGAAAAAAUGAAACACCAACAUUUAAAGAAAAAGGCCAUGAGAGAAAAAUGGCUCUUGGAUGGCCUUAGCUCUCUCACUCCAAAAGAGCAAGAAGAAAUGCAGAAGCAAAACUGGAAGGACCAACAACAGACUCAUGAGCUGGAACGAGACAUUUUCAGACUGGAGAAGGAAAUUGAGGCUCUGGAAAGAGAGGAGAUGGAAGUCUCAACUAAGGAAGAAGCAAUUUUAAAGAAACUGAAGUCUGUUGAGAAAACAACUGAAGACAUAAUAAAGUCUGUGAAGACUGAAAAAGCAGCAGUUGAAAAAGAGGCAGCAGACUACAUAUAUGCCAAUAUACCUGACCUUCCCAAAAAUUUCAGGCCUUCUGCACUGAGAAAUGCAGCACAUGCCGUCAACAAGGAGGAAGAAAGGAGAAGAGCAUUGUUUGCCAUGGAAAUUAAAGUUGAAAAGGACAUGAAGACGGGAGGAAAUACAGUAUUAUCAACAAUACCUCUUCCCUCAAAGGAGUUUAAAGAGACAGGAGUUAAAGUCUACGAUGAUGGUAGGAAGUCAGUCUAUGCAGUAUCCUCAAAUGGCAGCACAACACAAAAUGAGAUGGAUGAACUUGCUCCUGUUGAGGUGGAAGAUCUGCUACGACAGGCAACUGAGAAGAAUUCCCAGUCUCCCACAGAGUACCACGAGCCUGUGUUUGCAAACAAAUUUUGCAGGCCGGUUACUCCUCACAAAGACAAAUUAGUCUCUGGACCAAAACUGGAAGACACUCACAGAAGAGAGAUCAAUGGAUUUAGCAAUCAUCAGACAGAAUUCUCUUCCAAAACACAGCCCUUUCUGCAGCAACUUGAAGAGAAUGGGCUUGGCCCUUCAAAGGUAACACAGCCAAAAUCUCCCUCUCUGGCACUUCCCCAUUCAGAGAAUAAAGAGCACACUAAUCCUGAAAUCAGGAUGAUACCUAGUGAAGAAAGAAAAGCUGCACUUGAGGAAUUAAAACCCUAUCAGAAUACAAUAGAAAGACAUAAUGAGACAGGGGUUUGGGGUCCAUCCCAUAUACAUGAAACAUCAGCUGCACCUCAAGAUAAGGAAGACACUCAGUACAGCAUUGCCCAAGCUGUACCAUGUUAUGUGGAUGAUUCUGAACCAGUAACAAUGAUUUUCAUGGGUUAUCAGCACAUUGAUGAUGAUGAUUAUCCAGAGGGUGACCAGAAUGUGUCACGAUAUGAUGGGGUUAUCCGUGCAGAAUUAGUUAUCAUUGAUGAUGAUGAGGAAGACAACAGCAAAUCUGAGAAACCAGCAUAUCAUCCCAUAGGCCACUACAGUCAGGUGUAUCAGCCACCAAGUAAGAAAGUCACAGAAGUCCCACAGACAAACCUUGUGAGCAGUCUGGAUACAAGCCUGACCAGCUCACCCCACAAAAACUCCAUCUCUUUGCAAGAGCAAGAGGAACACUUAAAUUUGCCGACACGCCCUGCUCAUCUUCACCCACAGGUAUCUGGAGAUGGUACUGAAGAUCCCUCACUAACAGCUCUACGGAUGAGAAUGGCCAAGCUGGGGAAAAAGGUGAUUUAAACAGCUGUAAUGACACAGACAUAAAUUUUGCUGCUCAAAGCAGAACAAAGCUGAGAAGAGUUCUUCAACAUGGAUCACGUUUGCUUUGCUCCUCUUUUUAUGCAUCUGGGUUAUUUUGCCCUCUGCAUAAGCCAAUGGACUUUAGCAGACUUUUAGGUUUGACUAGCUGCCACAAAUACACAAAACACCUUCUGGACUUUGCUAAGAGUAAUGGAAAGGUCCCUAAGAACAUAAGCAUGAAGACACAGGCACACCUGGUCCCCAUAACGAGCAGUAUGUUGCUGUAGAAACAGACCAGAUAAACACUCAUAUCCAUGGAACUUCACAGAACAGUGUUUCACUUCAAAGUCUGACAGUCUACCUGAUAUUGAUUGAAGAUGUCAUCCAGAAUUAUUCUGGUAAAAGCACUGGUUAAUAAAAACUAUACAUGAGAAAGAGGAGCAGAACCAAACGUAAAUAUAAAAGCUAGUUUCCAAGCACACCAACUUGCCCAAAAUUUAGUGUUCCUUCUGUAGUGACAGUAAAACAAACUAAAAAUGGCUAAGCCAGGAUUUAGAUAUCUAACCACCUCUACAGCUCCACAGUCCACUCAGCCUCCUAAUUCACACAUGACAGCACAGCCAUCCUCAGACGGUGUACUGUUCCACAUGACACAUAGAUGCUGCCCACCAACAGCCUCACAAAGCAAUCCUAUGCAUAACACUACAAACAGCCUGACUUCCCAAGCAUGCUUCCAUCUCCAAGCCUUCUCAGCCAGCCCUGCUUUCCCAGGAAACUGGUUAUCAAAUCAGUUGUGCCUGUCCAGCAGGGAAACGCCAACCCACCAAGAGACAUCAACUGUCAAAAAGGUUUCAAUUGCCCAAGGUAUUAAAAUCAGUGCAACCCACCCAUUAGAAAUACUGAGCUGUUGAUGGCUUACCCUACACCUACAUUAGAAGGUCUGCUGUAAGUGUUGCCACUGCUGGGCACAGCUCUCCAGAAAUGUCCAAGGCUCCCACCAAGCAACAGACCAAUUAUUUUCACCUGAGGAAGGAGCUAAGGGCCUCUAAGACUUCUCUAAGGUACAAUUGCACCUGGAAAUCUCACAUGCAAGUCAGAUUUUUUCAAGGACAUAAUUCCUGGCAGGAGAAAGUGCCUCAUAGCACUAAGUCCUUAAAUCCAAAUCAGUAGGAUAGCUUUUUUUUUGCAAGGUCUUUACCUGGUUUGAAUCACUAAACAGAUAAAGCUCAGGUUGUCAUUCUAGUAUAACUGACUCCAGUUAUCCACCAGCAGAAAACAACCACAAGUCCUGCUGGCCUUCCUGGUUUCAAGCAAGAAAGUGUAGUUACUACCUCAUAGAGAGUCAUGAUGGUAGUAAUCAGCUGACUUGUAGCCUCUAAACAUUUGAUGGCUCCUAGUCUGAAAUGGGUAAUAAGCUCAAAUUUUAGGACUUGUCAAAGAUGGUCACCUGGAGAGUGGAAAUGUGGAUAAGAACAAAUAAAUCUGACUGUAUUACA